AUGUAUUAUACAGCUAAGGCUAAUGAUCUGCACGGUUUGCUGCACGCAAUUAUGGAAGAAGCACUAUGUGGAUUCCAAUCAGAACCAUUCUUUGUGGGGCGGCAAGUUGUUAUAGACAAAUUGGAUCUAAAAGAUUUUUCAGCUGAGUUUCAAGUGGCGGGAGAGUGUUUUGAUCUACAAAAGCACCCUCAGCUAACCGAUGUAAAGGCAAUUACCUAUUCAAAUAUGCAAGUACAUCAAAAUGCUGAUCGCUGUGAUAUUUAUGUGAUUCUCGACAUCUAA